AUGGAUUAUUAUUUGUGUACAUCAUUUCGCGCUGCGAAGAUCCGAGCUGAUGGCGGCGCAGGCCCGCGUGGGCCUGAACGGUGUUUUGACUGGCAGCGGGAUGCGGAGUCCGAAGAAGGCUCGUUUCGGAGGGCGUCGUGCAGCUGCCUGGUCGUUCAUUGGCUGUGGGAUGUAUGCGAAUGCUUGUGGAACAAUGUCUCAGAGACGUCCACGAUGUUCUCGCUUAGCUGCCGGUGCUUCUUCAUCCUGGUCUUCCUUGAUAUUAUGAUGUUUGGAAGUUGCUACCUCGAAUGUCUGGUAUCCUUAUGCUUAUCCAGGUUCCAACUCCAGUUCGGUUGUUUCUGA